CACAGCUCAAAAUUACGUGGCGUGGCGGGGCGGAGCGGGGGUCAAGACGCAAGCGACGGGCGGAUUAGAAGGGAGCGAACAUCAGCAAUCAAGACUUCGACAGCAGAGCAUAGAACUACCACCCACAACCCACAACCCAGGCCCCAUUCAAAAUCCGGCUCCCCGCGCUCAACUUUCUGAACUUCCACCUUCGUUCCAGACACCGAGAGCGACUCUGCGAGUGAGCAGCUGUACCAUCUUGAGACAACCGCAUCAUCAUAACUCCCCGCAGCUGCCCCUCAUCGCUGCAUGCCUGGUGUCCUGACGUCCUGACCUUCUCAGCCAGCGAACCCGUAUCCACCGACUUGUGAGAUCUCGAGCUGCCGCUUGGAUCUCCGAAUUCUACACGAUGAAUGUCAUCAAACUGCAGAGGAAAUACCCUCAAUUCCAACAGGAUGAGAUCUUUGGACUGCAAGACGCCUUUCGUAAGCUGGAUGUAGACGAUAAGGGAUAUAUUGACGAGGCGACCGCCAUCAAGGCGACUCAAGCCAGCGAGAGGCAACCGUACGAUGUCGUGCGCCAGGCGCUGAAGGAAGUAGAGCUUGAUUCCUCGAGGAGAGUCGAAUUGGAUGACUUUGUUGGGCUGGUUUCCAAACUUCGGGAUUCUUCUCCAGCCCAGAAGCGCAUGUCGACAGGUCCAGCCUCCCCGGCUCGUGGCGGUAUGGUUUCACAGCAAACUGGAGGACAUGCUUCCAAGGGAAGUGUCAGUGGUCGUAUUCAAGUCCAAGGCUCCUCGUCGAAUGUCACACAUACUAUCAAUGAGGACGAGCGAACGGAAUUUACUCGCCAUAUCAAUGCCGUGUUGGCGGGAGACCCGGAUAUUGGAAACCGAUUACCCUUCCCAACCGACACUUUCGAAAUGUUUGAUGAAUGCAAGGAUGGACUCGUGUUGGCAAAAUUGAUCAAUGACAGCGUCCCUGACACAAUCGACGAGCGUGUGCUCAACCGGCCUGGAAAAAAGAUCAAAACCCUUAAUGCGUUCCAUAUGACCGAGAACAACAACAUUGUCAUCGAGUCAGCGAAAGGUAUCGGCUGUUCCGUAGUCAACAUUGGAAGCGGUGACAUCAUUGAAGUACGUGAGCAUCUGAUUCUUGGUCUGAUCUGGCAAGUCAUUAGACGAGGUCUGCUUGGUAAGAUCGAUAUCAAGCUUCACCCCGAGUUGUAUAGAUUACUGGAAGAGGAUGAGACCCUGGAACAGUUCUUGAGACUUCCUCCGGAGCAGAUCUUACUAAGAUGGUUCAACUAUCACUUGAAAGCUGCCAAUUGGCCACGGAGAGUUGCAAAUUUCUCGACAGAUGUCAAGGACGGCGAGAACUAUACUGUCCUUCUUGCCCAAAUUGCACCAGAGCACUGCACCCGUGGCCCACUACAAACCCGAGACCUCCUACAAAGAGCAGAGCAAGUUCUGCAGAACGCUGAUACAUUAGGCUGUCGAAAGUUCUUGACUCCAACUUCCCUUGUCGCUGGUAAUCCAAAGCUGAAUCUGGCCUUUGUUGCAAACCUGUUCAACACCCACCCUGCUCUUGACCCUAUUACGGAGGAAGAGAAGCUUCAAGUUGACGAUUUUGAUGCUGAGGGCGAGCGAGAGGCUCGGGUCUUCACUCUGUGGCUCAACAGUCUUGACGUACAGCCGGCUGUAAACUCUUUGUACGACGACUUGCGGGAUGGCACGAUCCUCCUGCAGGCAUAUGACAAGGUAGUUAAGGGAUCAGUCAACUGGCGUCACGUGAACAAAGCUCCGACGAACGGAGCAGAGAUGUCGAGAUUCAAGGCAGUCGAAAACACGAAUUAUGCAAUCGAGCUCGGUAAACAGAAUCGGUUCUCGCUCGUUGGUGUGCAAGGAGCAGAUAUCACGGAUGGGCAACGGACUCUGACUCUGGGCCUCGUUUGGCAGUUGAUGCGAAAGGACAUAUCUGAGACACUCUCCGCAUUGGCACAAAGACUCGGAAAGCGGGAGAUUACCGACGCAGAGAUGGUCAAGUGGGCAAACGACAUGUCUCGGAAAGGCGGCAAGAAUACUUCGAUCCGUUCAUUCAAGGAUUCAAAUAUCGGAACCGGCAUUUUCCUCUUGGAUGUCUUGAACGGAAUGAAGAGCAGUUACGUCGACUACGAACUCGUAACUCCAGGCAGAUCGGAUGAGGAUGCAUAUAUGAACGCCAAGCUCAGUAUCAGUAUAGCCAGAAAGAUGGGUGCAACCAUCUGGCUGGUGCCGGAAGACAUUUGCCAAGUUCGCAGCCGUUUGGUUACUACUUUCAUUGGUUCGUUGAUGGCGACACACGAGAAGAUGCACUGAAGGGAUAGUGGGUUUUUGGGAUGUGUGACUAGGAUUCAGAGAUGCGGCGGCAAUUAGGGGCUGUAGAAAAGUUUCUUGCCGUAGAUGUCCAAGCUUACGAUGGUCAAUGAAGAAUGAACAUCCAUUUCCGUUGCUUGGUCAAACUAAAAUUAUGCUUGAAUUUUGGCUAGCCCGGAGACUGUGCGUACAGACUUGCACCUUUCCUAAUCCUGUUGAUGUGGCUCUUUUCUGCAUGCCAUGGGGUUUGAGUUGCCUGAAAAAACCCUCCAGCAAUCCAGCCUCCAGUGGACAAUUAAAG